UUCUCUUUAGCAGAGCAUCAGAACCAUUUGGCCACUAACUCACUGCCAGCUAUCCCAGCACACCACAUUUCUCCUUGUUUUCUCUAUAGACACCUGGAUCUGAGUGGCAUUUUUCAUAUAUCAUCUGUUUCGACGUCCUUCCUUCAAUAUGGCCCAAGACCCCCGUGUUCUGCUGCAGAAAGCAGAUAAAGCUCUUCAAGGCGCCUCCAGUGGCUUCAGUUUCUUCGGUGGACGAACAGAAAAAUUUGAAAAUGCAGCAGACUUGUAUUCCCAGGCUGCGAAUGCUUUUCGAGUGCAGAAGCUGAACAAGGAAGCCGGUUUGGCAUUUGAGAAAUCCGCUUCGAUUCAGAGCCAGAAUCUUAAUGAACCUGAUGAUGCCGCCAAUACGUUGACCGAGGCUUUCAAGGUCUAUCGCAAAUCUGACCCGGAGGAUGCUGCCCGAGUUCUUGACAGUGCUAUCCAACAUUACGUAUUAAAGGGAAACUUGCGCCGAGCCGCCACACAGCAGCAACACUUGGCAGAGGUAUAUGAGGUGGAACUGGGUGAUAUGAAGAAGGCUCUUGCCGCGUACGAAAAGGCCGCCGAGUGGUUUGAGGGUGACAAUGCUGAAGCAAUUGCCAACAAGCAUUAUCUCAAGGUGGCUGACUUGGCUGCCCUUGAAGCCGAUUACUACAAGGCCAUCGAGGUUUACGAGCGGGUCGGACGGUCGUCUAUCAACAAUAACCUAAUGAAGUGGUCUGUCAAAGACUAUUUCUUGAAAGCUGGUAUCUGCCAUCUUGCUACAAAUGAUCUGGUGGGAGCUAACCGCGCCCUUGAGAGCUACGGCGAUGUCGAUCCUACUUUCGCUUCUACUAGGGAAUGCCAGCUGCUUACGGACCUGCUUCAGACUAUCGAACAGGGUGACCAAGAAGCAUUUGCCGACAGGCUCUUCCAGUAUGACCAGCUCAGCAAGUUGGACAAGUGGAAGACCACUAUCCUACUGCGGGUCAAGAACAAUAUCGAGGAGGAAGGAGAAGACUUCUCGUAGAUUCCAUGAGCAUUUGUUUUGUUUUGUUUUCCUCCUCGAAUGAAGAAGAGAUGAUGAUGUCACUUGUUUUUUGGACUAGCCGAGAGUUAUGUUACAUGUUACGUUGCCAUUAUGAUUAUCCCAACUAUAUCAUGCGUUGCUUGACAACCAGCUGCUGAGUUGAAUGGAUCCGGUCGUUU